AUGUCGUUGUCUGUGGCGCGAGAGCAAAAGAACAAGCUGCUCUACGUUGGAUUCAAUCAGGACUAUUCCUGCUUUGCCAUCGGGACUGAUGAUGGCUUUGAGAUUUGGAACGUCGACCCCUUCAAGCUUCGAUUCAAACGAGAAUUCGAUGGCGGGCUGGGCAUUGUAGAAAUGCUCUUCCGGUCCAAUCUGCUGGCGCUGGUCGGGGGAGGCAAGAAUCCCAAGUACCCACCCAACAAGGUCAUGAUUUGGGACGAUUACCAGAACAAGUGCCUUGCCGAGCUCGAAUUCAGAUCCGAUGUCAAGGGAGUGAAGCUGCGACGGGACAAGAUCGUCGUUGCGCUGGAGAACAAGGUCUACGUCUACAACUUUGCCGAUCUCCAGCUCGUGCACCAGAUCGAAACCACAGCCAACCCCAAAGGUCUGAUUGCGCUGUGCCCAGACUCGAACAACACCGUGCUGGCGUGCCCCGGCCUGAAGCCGGGCUACGUACACCUGCGCCUGAACGAUAUCAACAAGUCGACGCCCAUCAAAGCACACGACAACCCGCUUUCGUGCCUCGCUCUCAAUCUCGACGGCACCAGACUUGCCACGGCCUCCGAGCAAGGCACGGUGAUUCGUAUAUGGGACACGAGCACAGGGGAGCAGGUGGGCAAGCUGCGAAGGGGCAAGGACAAGGCCGAGGUCAACUGCAUCUCGUUCUCCAGCGACUCCGAGUGGCUAUGUGUCUCCUCCGACAGGGGUACGGUGCACAUUUUCAAUCUGGCAAACAACGGCGGCUCGGAGUCGGCCAAGGCGCAAAAGUCGAGACUGAGCUUCAUGGGCGGCCUCGGCCUCCUCCCGUCUUCGCUCGACGACUACGUGGGCUCGGACUUCAGCUUUGCGCAGCUCCACCUGACGGUCCCGCGCAGCAUCUGCUCGUUUGGGCAGGCCAACAAUCUCAUCAUCGUGAUCGGACAGGACGGGACGUUCUACAGGUACGCGUACGACUCGGAACAGGGCGGCGAGGGCAAGCGGGAGGACCACAUCCUCUUUCUCAAGGACAAGGAAGACGAUUGA